CAUUCUCAAUUCUAACCUUCGUCGACCUGCUGGAAGGGAGGUGGUAGGUGAGGAAAAGGACAUUUCCUUCAUCUGGGAUCGCAUCUUCAUCAGGACUGGUCUCUGCUGUUGUGCAGACAAAGCUCCAUUCAUGGUGCUUGGAGAAGGAACUACCAGGUACUGAUUCCAACGUGAGUUUCAUUCAUUCAUUUAUAAAUCUUACAAUUAUUUGUUGACUGUCUGCUCCCUGCCAGGCACUAGGCUGUUUACUGGAGAUGAGAAACACCUGCCUUCAGGUAGCUACUGUUUAGUGAAAGCACCAACAGGUGGGCUGCAGAAGGGAAACAUCUCCAGGACCGGAGAUCCCGAGUCACCCAAGAGAUGUGGGGUGCAUCACAACUGCCCAAGCUACAUCAUCGUGUGUAUUCCCAACACACGAAAACCUCAGUGUCGAUUAGGCCUUGAGAGGAACCAAGUCCAUCCCUUACUGUGUUACAUCUGAUGAUUGCAAGAAUUUUCCCCAGCCCAGCCUCAAGCUCCAUAAAUGUCGAGCCUCAUUUCUCUUCGCCACCCCGUCCUCCCGUGCCCUGGCAUGAUCGGAUGUCUUCACAUGGCACUGAGACCACAGGCCGGUGGUGGGAGAAGCAUCCCCGAGGCCGUUUCUCUACCAGAAUGUGUGUGGAUAAUGUGACUGUACACGGAGUGACUGCAGCCCGCCUAAAUCAGGGAGGAAAGCGAGGGGCAGCCGUGACCGACCGCACCUACAAAUUGUCUGCAAACACACGGCCACGGGCGCACCUUGCAGGGACACUCCUGGGCUGUGGAGGGAGUCGCCCUACGAGGGUCCGGAAGCAGAAGCUUGAGUCUACUUUUCCCCAAGAGCAGGAGGACACUUUGACGGUACAAAUCCGGGCUCCAGAGGCUCUUCCAGGAUUGGUCGCACGGUUGUCUGAUCUGCUUGGAGCUGCAGCAACCGCCAAGGCAGCCCACUCCUUUCUGGGACAAGGCUUAGUAGAAGGAACCAGAAGACCCGCCUUCCUCUCCCAGGCCUGCUGCUUGCUGGCCAUGCAACCUCCAGCAAGGGAGGCGGGAACCACGGCCCGGUUCCACAUCAGGAACCGAAGCUCGCGGGGCGGCCUGCCGGAGGCCACACGGACCAGGGCCCACGUGGAACCAAAGGUGGAGGAAGGGGAAUUCACUCUCUCUGUUGAGCUGGGACGUCCAGCUUCUCCUGCCCUCAGACAGUGCUUGUGGUUCUCCGGCCUUCGGACUUGGACUGAAUCACACCCCAGCUCUCCUGGGCCUCUCAGAUGGUGGGGCUUCUGACUUCUCAGCCUCCAUGAUCACCUUGCAGCAGGAGAGAAGAAGGAGAGAAAGGAAGACAAUGAGAAGGAAAUGAAAAACAGACCUGGG